AUGUUUUGUUGUUUAGGAAGGAAAAAACGGGACAAUAAUGAGAUGGAAAAAAAAAAUUCAAAAAAAGAAAUGGUAGAAAGAUUCAUAUUGCAGAAUUGUAAAUCUAAUGAUGAGGUAUUAUGUCAUUUUGAAAACAAGGAUUCUUUUGAUGAAUCUAUUGAUAAAAGCAAUAUGAUUAUAAUUGAUUAUGAUAAUAAUUAAUAUGAAAAGAAACCAUGGUCAGGAAUAUAAUGGCAAAUGAUCAUAUAAACGAAGAAUUUGAAUCAAAUUGAAUUGUAAAUUUGAGUCACUAAUUUGAGAGAUGAAUUAAAAAGAAAUAUAAGAUUUGGGAUUCUAUGUAAUUUAAGACCAGCCACUUGGUUUUGGAUAACAGACAUAAAAAAUACACAAAUGAAAAAACAUACAUCAAACAUUUAUUAAAAAUUGAAGUCUUGCGAGUCUCAAUAUGAUCCAUAAAUAUUUAAGUGUAUUAAACAAUUAGAUAAAAAAGUAUUAUAUUUGAUUUAAAUUGAAGUACAAUGAUUUAGUUUUUGAUAUAUUAAGAGCAUAUGCUAAUUAUGAUGUUGAGAUUGGAUUUAUAAAAGGAAUUGAUCAAAUUAUUGAAUAUUUAGUAUAAUAAUUGGAUCCAGAAUAAUAUAUCAAUCUUGAUUACUCUUUUAAUUAAUUUAAUAGAAUGUGUGAUUUUUAUGAAUAGAUGGUAUUUUGGAUGACUAUUCAUAUAUUAUUCCAUUUGAAUUACAGAAGAAUUUUAAAAUAAAAUGUAAGUUUUAUAGAAACAGAAAAAUUUUAAAAUACACUUAUGCCUUCUAUUAAUUCUUUGAUUUAGUAACUUAAUGUUAAAAUAAGUGAUUUAAUUGAAGUUCCAUUGUUAUUUUUCUUUUAAAAAUAAUUAAAAAAGGAAGAUUUUAAUAGAUUAUUUGAUGUCUUUCUUUUUGAAGGAGAAUGUACAAUUAUUAUUUAAUAUUUAGCAAUUUUAUUGUAAAUUUUGUUGAAAUUUUUAAAAAUAUCAGAAGAUUUAGUCUGUUAAUUUUAAGCAGAAGCAGAUCUAAAAGUAUUCUUAAAUUAAACUUUAAUUCCAUAUGGUAUAUCAAAGAUAGAAAAGAUUAAUUAAAAAUUAAUGAAUUUUCUAUUAUGA